AUGGAUAACGAGGGCAGCUUUAUAAGCCCAAUAACAUUGAAUUAUUUAGAAGGAUUAGGAAUAGAGAUCUAUUUAGCACCACCCCAAAAGAGUGAGGUUAAUGGUGCAAUAGAACAAACUAACAGGCAUUUAUCUUUUAGACUCUUACCGUACUGGACGACUGCGACGGUAGACACUUACGAAUAUAACAGCCCGCUCGUAACGAUCAAACAAGGACAAGGAAAAGUCAGUAAAGGAACAUAUAAAAUUAUUCAUACUAUUGACUUGAACGAAUACGAAAAAAUUGCCCAUGACAUCAGACUUACUAUAAACCACGAAAUUAGGAAAACAAGUAUUUUACUUCCACAACUAAAACAUCAACUUUCCCAAAUAGAUAACCUUCUAAGCCAACUACGAACAAAAAACACAACCAUACAGAAGAGAUCAAUCAAUUGGAUUGGAUCCGCCUGGAAAUGGUUAGCAGGAAACCCCGAUGCUACGGACUGGGACCGAAUUCUUUCUACAACACAUGAACUGACUGAAAACAGUAACAUACAAUAUACCACAAACGAAUACCUUAUCAAGACAAAUAAUAAAAUACUAGAUAGUUAUAACACAAUAAUGGACGAAAUAAGUAAGGAUAACAGGGAAUUGUUCGAACAGACAUUAUAUAAUAGGUUAGGUAUAGUAAAAGAUGAAAUUGCGAAAAUUAUAAUGGCAAGGAAGAUAUCGCUAAUGUUCUUUCUCAAACCGAGACACUACCAUUCAGAAAUGAACUAUCUACAAGCACUCAAAUACGCAGAACCCUCUAUGAUUGUCAAAGAUUCACUUCUUUUAUAUGUAAUUUCACUACCACAAACCGAAGAUACCAUAUUCAAUAAUAUUAUUAUACGUUCAACUGUAAAACACCUUAAGCGAGUUUAUUUAGAAUUCACUAACCUUUUCAUAUCCCAAAAUGACAAAUACGGCAUACUUGGGAAAUGCAUUGAAAUAGAUGACACUAAAAUAUGCAAGAGAAACCAACUUCAAAAACUGGACAAAACCCACUGCAUCGCACAAAUUCUUAGCGGAGAGAAAGCGCUAUGCGAUUACCAAUACGAAAAUAAAGAAGGAACAUUAUUUCUUUCAAAUUUCAUUGGAAAUAUUACUUAUAAUAAUACAUCUCUUAAACUAAAUGGUACAUUUUUUAUAAACUUCUUUAAUGAAACUAUAACCUUGAACAACGUUACUUACACAAACUGGCAAACAAGUUCCUACCAGGUCUUACCCGCAAUAUUUCAGAAUAACCUAACAGAAAAUGAAAUUAAAUUAGAUCUAAACUAUUUACAUCAACUUCAUUUAAAUAAUGUAAAUAAGCUAGAACGCAUAACAGCAAAAAACAUUCUUUCAGUUAGCUCAAGCUUCGUAGCAAUUCUUGUUGCAGUAACACUAUCAUUAGCUUUGUAUGUAUAUCAUACUAAAACCAAAAAAUAGGAAUUCGUUUUUUAUUCCAUCAAUAGUAGAUUAUCCACAGAUUUCAGUAGCAAAUGAAAUUUUAUCAGCGAGACGCUGAUGCUUAAGAAAGGGGGAGUUAGCACAUA